AGAUUUGCCCGAGCAGCUGUAGUCAUUCAGACAAUAUGGAGAGGGUUCAUUACAAGGAAGAAACUCAGGAAAGCCGACAAAGCCUUCUCCAAGUUCCAGAAUACGUACAGGAGGCGACAAAUUGUGAUGGAGCGAAGGAAGGAGGAGGCGAGACAAGCGUUAGAACUGGAGAGGAGACUGAAGCUCAACAGACAAAAGAUACUGAGAGAAUUCAAAGAAAAGCAACUCCACACGAUAGAAAUAUUACCAGCGGCUCAUGUUGAGAAGUAUCUGCAGAAUGAGCAGAUUCAGGCAGCCAUUAAAAUCCAGAGGAACUGGCGAGGAUUCCACUCGCGUCAGACAAUGGAUGAGAAAAGGGUCCUCAUUCACCGCUACAAGGCAGCCGUUAUCUUACAAAGGGGGGUGAGGAAAUGGCUGGAGAAGAUGAGAAAGAAGAGAGAGAGAUUUCAUUUCACAAUUAAACCACCUGGAUUGACAGAAAACAGAAGAGUGGAGCUACAACAACAGAUAACACAGUUCAGGGACGAGAAUCCACCUCAAUAUUCAAAAAGGGAAGAUCUGGAAAAAGUUCACAAAAAGGCCGCUGAAAUGUUACAAAGACAUUAUGUUACACUAAAAAGUACAAGAGAAAAGCACGCCCAUCGAGAAGCACUGCUAGCGAGACUGGACACGGACUCAGAGCUUCUGUCACUGGCACCUCCUUUAAAAGAUGCAGGUGAAAAGGACAUUGAAAUGUAUUCUAGUAAUGUGUUACCAAUAGCAACCAAAGCCAGGACUGAUCACAUAGAAACAUUACGUUUAUUACGGCAGCCUUGGUGGAAAAAGCUCCGUGAUGAAUUACAAGAUCAGGAAUAUGAAGAGGAGGACUACAUUUUAUUUUAGAAUUUCUGUGAUAUUAGUUUUUUUUAAAAAUCUUUUACACAAUGUUUAUAUUUAUUAGGAAGAAACUUCCUUUGG